AUGACAGAAUUUAACUGGGAUGAUAGUGCAGUACUUUUACUAAUAGAAAAAUAUCAAGAAAAUGAACUAUUGUGGAACUCAAGGCAUAUGGAUUUCAAAAAUCGCAACAAAAGAAAUGAUGCUUUUAGAGAUAUUGCUUUUGUGUUCAACAUAGCAUCAUCAGAAAUUGAGAGAAAACUGAAGAAUUUAUCCAGCCAUUAUUUUCGAGAAAAACGCAAAUAUGAAGAAUCUAAAAGGAGUGGAUCUGGACGGGAAGAUGUUCAAUUGCCGAAAUGUUCUUCUCAAGAUAAUAUCACUCCCCAGACUACGCUACCUUCGACAAGGACUUCACGAAAACGAAAUAUAGAGAGAGAUCCUGAAGUUGAUGAAGCUUUGCAAUUACUGAGGGAGAUUACAUCUGAUGCAAGGCAACGCGAUGAUGCUGCUAUAUUUGCAGACUAUAUAAGUAGCAAGUUGAGGAAAUCGUUACACGAUGUGUACAGUACAACAUCAAAUCCAGACUAUUGUCUAUGA